CUCUCUCUCUUUCCCUCAAAAAAAAAACCCCUCUCUCUCUCUCCUCCCCCUCUCCUGUGGGCUCGUGGCCUUGUUUCCUCGCGACGACGGCUGGGCGAGCAGCGCCGCCCCUCGCCAGGUCUUCGUUGGCUCCGUCGCUAGGUCUUCGUCGAGUCCGUCGCCGGCGAGGAGCAUCCACCAGUAGGUGGUUUGCAGAGUGAGCUGACCAAGAUGUCUGGAAAUCCAGUUGGAGUUGACAACACUGGACGGAGGAAAUUUGACAAGGAAGAGUACUUGGAGCGAGCUCGACAGAGGGAACAACGGGAGAAGGAGGAAGCCCGGAAAGGCAAAGAAAGGGGCCCUCCUGUGCAAAGACAACCUUUGAAGCACAGAGACUAUGAAGUUGAUCUCGAGUCUCGUCUUGGCAAGACUCAGGUGGUGACCCCAAUUGCACCAUUGAAUCAGCAGGCUGGAUACUACUGUUCUGUUUGUGAAUGUGUUGUUAAAGAUUCAGCCAACUAUUUGGAUCAUAUAAAUGGCAAGAAGCAUCAGAGAGCGUUGGGCAUGUCUAUGCGUGUUGAAAGGGCAUCACUUGAACAGGUUCAGAAAAGGUUUGAGGCACUUAAGAAGAGGAAGGACCCGAGCACCUUUACUGAACAAGAUUUGGAUGAGAGAAUAAUGAAACAACAACAAGAGGAGGAGGAGAGGAAACGGCAACGCAAAGAAAAGAAAAAGGAGAAGAAAAGAGAACAGGCAGCCCAACACGAGCCUGAGGACGUUGACCCUGACAUUGCUGCCAUGAUGGGUUUCGGGGGGUUCGGUUCCUCGAAGAAGUGAAUUCAUUCUGUUGGCAGCAUCUCUUUGGUGACUUGUGCUGAAAGAUAUGGGCCUGUGCAACAAAGAAUUGUAUUUCAGCAGAUUGGUGAUAAGAAUGAAUGCGCUUUGAUGUUGGAUGCUAAGUCCAACACUGGAUAUUAAACUUGAAAAUGCCUUUGUACCUGAGUUUAUAGGCAAAUGCAGCAUCCAAGAGUUUGUUUUGUAACUAGUUUAUUUGUUACAUGGUGGAUCUUUUGCCAAAGAAACACUUCGAGGUCCUUUAUGGGCCAAAGCGGAUGUGCACAGUGGAGUGAACGAAGGACUACGUGUUUCAAUCCUUUUGAGAAGAAUAAAGGGGAAUAAGUUGCAUUUUAAA